UCUAUCAGCGAAUGGAAUAAUUUAUUCACCAACCUGCCUGACGCUGGGCGACUAGGAGUUCACCGAACAAGUCGACGAGACAGUUUGGAGGGCAGAGGAGGCUUUGUGGCGGACGGAACAGCACGGACUGUCCUGCGCCGUGUUCAGCUGCGCGUUUGUGUCGCUUGCCACCGUUGUGUUGAUGUAGGGACACUUGUGUGCUAGCUACGCUAACGUUAGCUCGAGUCGAGAGAGUGCGCGGCAGUGACAGUCCGGCCGGAGGCGGGGGGGAACUGUGAGAUCCUGAAGAAUUUCCAUGUCUGCAUCAGCUCCGGAAACCAAGAGAGAUGUCUGUUGAUGAGGAUACUGUCAAAACUGGCAGUCCGCAGGCCAGCUCAACGUCAUCCCUGCAGCUCUCAGAAUGUACUGGAGGUUACAACACUAUAUCUGUAAUGGUGGAGGGCACCGCCGCCACCCCUGAUUUUGCGGCUGCUUGUCCAGUCCCAGGCACGGCAGCCUCACCAAAACACACCAGCACGACUGACAAGCUUACCCACUCAGAUGACAGCGGACAGAGGGCCAGAGGGAGCGAGGAUAACAUCAAUCGCAGGAACAGCUUUCAUCAUUCCAAACAACAGCAACAAACGAAACUCACAAAGCGCCGCAACACAUCAAAUUCUAGUUUCAAGCACCCGACAUCUGGCAAGAGGAGACGAAGGGCCAACUCUGAGAGUGACUCUGUCCUGCCUACCAACUUCCUCCUGGGUGGGAACAUUUUUGACCCACUGAACCUUAACAGCCUGCUGGAUGAGGAGGUCAAUAAGGCACUGAAUGCAGAGACACCCAAAUCUUCCCCACUGCCUGCUAAGAGCCGAGACCCUGUAGAGAUCCUCAUCCCCAGAGACAUCACAGAUCCCCUGAACCUGAACAGUGGCAUAGCAGACAGCAGCUUUUUAGUGUCCCCCUAUAAGAGUGGUGGCAGGAAGAGACACCGCAACAGACACCAUGGAGGGGGAGGAGGCGGCGGUGGUGGAGUUGGUGGUGGUAGUGGGAUUUCAGCCACGCAGGUCAGCGUCUCAGAAUCAGGAAAAAGUGAGGUUAAAAGCACCUCCACACAAUUUCCAGGUAUGUUGGCCUCGUGUUCUGCACUAGAUGUCUCCAAAGAGUCCAGUUUCCCCAGUGCUACAAGCGAUUCCCAUGACCACUCAGCUGACAACUCAGCCGGCUGCAAGGAGGAGGUAGCAUCUGUAUCUAUGGAGGAUUCCACUUCCUCCAUAUCGGGGGGACCAAACCAGCACUCGAGCAGACGCAAGCGUAGGCGCAACUCUGGCAAAAUGGAGCCCCCUGUGACCCAUUCUACACCCAUUGGAAAAUCAGGAUCUGGAGACAGGAGUUUUGGUACAGGGGGACCGAGGAAUUCUCAGUCCUUCCACACACCUAGGAGCGGGCCCAAAACAGGGCCAGGAGGUCGCCAACACCGGCAGCCCCACAGCCAGGUGAAGGAGCAACAGAAGACAAAGUUCCAGUAUGGGAACUACAACAAGUAUUAUGGCUACCGCAACCCAGGCAUUAGUGAAGACCCACGCAUGCGUGUGCUCCGUCCAGAAUGGUUUGAAGGUAAAGACGUUUUGGAUUUGGGCUGCAAUGCAGGCCACCUAACACUCUAUAUUGCCAAAAUGCUAAGACCUGCCCACAUAUUGGGCCUGGAUAUUGACAGUGGUCUGGUACAUGCAGCCCGUAAGAACAUCAGACAUUAUCUGUCUGAACUGCAGACCCAAGAGGCCAGGCGCGCGAUGCAGAGCACUAAACGGGAGGAGAGGAAUGGAAAUGAGAGUCACACAGACAAGAAGCACAAUGAGGCCGAUGAAAAUGGGAAACCAGUGGAAGGAGAAAGUGGCCCUGCAGAGGCUGUAAAUGACAAUGACUCCUGUCACGCAGAUGAGACAGGGACCCAGAGGCAGGAUGGCAAAACUGAGGAAAUGGAGCAGGGAGAUUGCGAUUCACCCCCUGCUGAUCACUCUGUGAGCUGCUCUUUUCCUGUGUCCCUACGGAUCUCCAGGGGGCCCAUCGCUGCUCCUCCACUAUUAGAAACAUCCACCACUCGGCCCGGGGAGUUCCCCUCAAAUGUGUCCUUCAUCAAGGCCAAUUAUGUGCUGGAGAACGAUAAUCUUCUUUUGACUCAGCGGCCAGAGUACGACGUGAUCAUGUGCCUGAGCGUUACCAAAUGGGUUCACCUGAACUGGGGAGACAGUGGCCUGAAGCGGCUCUUCAAGAGAGUCUACAGGCAUCUCCGUCCUGGGGGCAUGUUCAUCCUGGAGCCGCAGCCGUGGGAGUCCUAUGUGAGGAGGAAGAAGCUGACGGAUAAUAUUAGCAGGAAUUAUCACAACAUCCACCUCAGACCUGACCAGUUUUCAUCAUACCUUACAACAGAGGUGGGCUUCACCAGUUUUGAGUACCUUGGGACCCCCAAGUGUUCAAUAAGAGGUUUUCAGAGGCCAAUCUACUUGUUUCACAAAUGACCGCUCCUGCCUUGAAGAUCUUUGAAUGUGAGUAGCCUGAACCACCACCAGGCACGUGGGCCAGCCCGCUGCUCCGGACCACGAGGAAUCCUCUUAAUCCUUAUUGGUUACUCCAGCUGCUCAGCUACCCUGAAGAGGAAAUUCAGAAAGGAGACUGGGACCAAAAGUGGAAUUAAUUCUGUAAAGAUGAGAUCUGUCGAGAAGAGGCACCUGUCAGAACCCUGUGGGACUACGAAUUGUUAAAGUAUGGUGUGAACUCAGACAGGACUCCAAACGUGGCAGACUCUGGAAGAUGUGCUCAUUUGAUCAUUUCCUUGGACUAUCCUAGUGCUAAUGAUGCCUCAGUUUGAUGCACGGCCAUAACAUUUGUUUGAAUAUCUUUGGCCAUAUAUCUCUACUUUCAUAACUUUGUUCCGUGCCACCACGUCACCAUACAUACAUUAUACGUAUUAGGGUUGGGCAAUAGGGCAGACAGAAUUGGUCACCAUCACCACUUUCACUGGCGAAUCAGGGUGCAUUGACCACAUUAGCGCCAUGUGACCAACUGUGUGUUGCAUCUGCACAGCUGCAGUAUACCACUGGAUUACAAAGCCAUUGUCAGAUCAUACUGACAUGACGUCUCCUGAAAAGCCACACUGGAGUGCAGGUAAUAUGUUUUAUGCUGUGUAAGCGAUCAGCGAGUGAAGCCACAUGUUGCCGGCUCCAUCGCAGCUACCGAUGGCAAAGAAAUUGUUCUUAGUGGGUCAGUAUUUGCAUCAUGUUUGCAGCCUUGAAUCCUGAAAGGCAAAUGAAUGCACAUAUUGUGGUGAAUUUAUGACAGCCAAACAAAUUCCACCAGCCAUAGCUUGUUUGUCGCUAAUAGCUGAUGCAUCUGUCCCAUCUCCCAACCCUAAUAUAUGGUUUGUUUCGUCAUUAUUUUGCAAAAUAGGCCUAAGAGCUGAAUUGAACAUAGCUGUGAAAAUGUGCACAUUUUGAAAUGAUCAAUAUGAAAAAGCUCCUAAAUUGCACAAACCUAAGAGCCUAUGAAGUGAAAGGUGUCUAAGUGAUAAAGACUAAAUGACAGAUGAGUCUUUAUGACAGAGGUGCACUCAGAACAGCAAAAGCAGCAAAGAUCCAGUGAAAUAGUGAUGUAGUGAUAGUGAUGUUUUCAAGGUAUCAUCUUUUUUUUUUUUUUUUUUUUUUUUUUUAAGUAACAGUCAAUUCUUUAAAGCUGUCCCAAUGAACGAGGAUGCAGUCAUCAAUAUUAGAUUCUGUCAUUAUAACAUGGAGCUACCACAGCUACCACUGGGAAGAGUAAUUGGUACGGUGCCUCAAAGCUGACAUCAGUUUAAAUGUUUAAAAAAAAUUGAAGAAAUGAGAGAGCCUGUUUUGAGUGUAAACUUUCUGCAAACCUUCAGGCACGUGUUAUUUACUUGAAAGAUUGAACCGUUCAGGAAGCAACAAAUCACUUCAUGGGUUCUUUAAGCCUUUUUGAUGCUCCAUCCUAAUGGUAGGGGGCACAUUUGAGCCAUGAUGACACCCAGGUGUUGGCCCAGCUCAGAAUAAUUCAGAACAGAGACUAUUUUGCAAGGUAGAUCUGUAGCAUGCAGUGAUCUAUUUUUUUCUAAUGACAGUUAAGCCAUAGCCCUCCCUUAUGUUUACAGUGUCCUCCAUGAGGUGCUGACUGAGAGUAUAAUUGAGUGUAAAAUUGAAAGCAGAGGCCUGUUAUUGCUACAGCGUUUUCACUGCUGUAUAAAUGUGACACACACAUAGUUGUGUGUGGUGUGAUCAUCACUAGUGGACAGGCAUUAAUUCAAGCAGCAUCAGAAUCACAUGUUAUGCUUUUCCAGCUCCUGAGUUACACUGAACAAAAACUUACAUUUGUAGGAAAUGGAUUGUUUCUAAAAGCACUGAAAUAUCUAUAUGACUUUUUACCAAAUCUAAAUACUAACAUGCUGUUUGUAUUGAAGCGCUGCCAAAAUGUUUAAAAAUGGGUCUUUUGCGCUCAGAUUUGACAAAAAUAUUCCAUUAUCAACUUAGUCUGGCCUGAUGAGGACAGUUAUGAGUUACAGGUAGUCAGUCUUUGUGAUUGUAUCUUUAUUGGUGUGCACUGAGCGCCGCUCAUCUACAUCCUUUCAUUCUGUGGCUGGGACAGAAAAUCUUCCUUUUUUUGUGACUGAUUCAACUACGAUAGGACACGAUGGAUGAUACAUAUUUUUGUUUUAGUAAAUGAUUGAUGUAAAUACGUUUGCAAAUUUUGUUUGACUGUUGUCUAUUAAGUUCACAACUGCUUUUGUCAUUUUCCAGUGUAUUUUUUUUUUUGUCUUGUUUUCAGAUGUUUGCUGCCAAGUUGUGAGUGAGUCACAGGUUUUUGUCCUAAAUCGGAUCGCUAAUCCAACUCUGUAACAACAAAUGAAUAUGUACAUUGCAAAGUUCUGAUGUGUUUGCUUUGUUCUGUCCUGGCAGGCACAUGGAUUGUUAGAUUGGCUCUAUUUUUUUAUAAACAGUUUGAAAGGA